AUGGCGGAGCUGCAGCUGGACCCGGCGAUGGCGGGGCUGGGAGGGGGUGGCGGAAGCGGGCUGGGCGAUGGGGGCGGACCGGGCCGCGGGCCCCCCAGCCCUCGCCCCGUCGGCCCCACGCCCCGGGGGCACGGCCGCCCGCCUGCCGCUGCCGCGCCGCCGCUGGAGCCGGGUCCCGGACCGCCAGAGCGGGCAGGGGGCGGCGGUGCGGCCCGCUGGGUCCGACUGAACGUGGGCGGCACCUACUUCGUGACCACCAGACAGACACUAGGCCGGGAGCCCAAGUCUUUCCUGUGUCGCCUCUGCUGCCAGGAGGACCCGGAGCUGGACUCGGACAAGGACGAGACAGGGGCCUAUCUGAUUGACAGAGAUCCUACCUACUUUGGUCCUAUCCUAAACUACCUCCGCCAUGGGAAACUCAUCAUUACGAAGGAGCUGGCAGAAGAAGGUGUUCUGGAAGAAGCGGAGUUUUACAACAUUGCAUCUCUUGUGCGGCUGGUUAAGGAACGGAUACGGGACAAUGAGAACAGAACUUCUCAGGGCCCCGUGAAGCACGUGUACAGAGUCCUGCAGUGCCAGGAGGAGGAGCUUACACAGAUGGUCUCCACUAUGUCCGAUGGGUGGAAAUUUGAACAGCUAAUCAGCAUCGGCUCUUCCUAUAACUACGGAAAUGAGGAUCAGGCAGAAUUCCUCUGUGUCGUCUCCAGAGAACUAAAUAAUUCUACCAAUGGCAUUGUCAUAGAGCCCAGUGAAAAGGCAAAGAUUCUUCAGGAGAGAGGAUCUCGGAUGUAAAUUCCAGAUCCUUAACCAUCAGGAGAGCAACCCGGCAGAGCACCUCGUGACGUUUAAUCUUGCUCCUGUACAGUAACCAACCGAGCUGCUGCAAAGCAAAGCUGAGCCUGGCCCCCCAGUGGAGAAGUGUUCUGGUCAAAACCAAAGGAACCCCUGCCCCCUCCCACAGGAACCUGAAGACAGACGCGACUCCCGGCUGCAGAAUACCUUUUCAGAAACCUGCUUUUGUUUUCUUAGCCAGUGUCGUGACGAGUCUGAUAACCGCAGCUGGGCCAGGUUCCCACUUAGAGCCCUUAAGGGCACCUGGGGGAAGGGAAGAGGAAGGCCUGGCUCCUUGUACAUGCCCGUACUUCAGGGAAGCCGCGGCAAAUGAAGGAGGAUCGUCCCUGAGCUGUGCCAUGUUUUCGCCCGAGUGCCGCGUUGGAAGCCGCUUUGAAACACUAUCUUUCCCCCCUUCUCUGCACCCCAGACUAAUGCAGCAGAUGCCAAGGACUGUAGCUUCAGUCUGUCAAGUUGAGUUUAGGUUUUGGAUAAAGGACGGCGUUGCCAGAAUAACACCACCCCCGCCCCCGUUCCUGUGAACAAAACCCCUUUGAGGAAGCGGGUGAUGGGGUGUCCCUUGGUUAUGGGUGGAGGUCGGGGAUUGCUGCUCUGGGUUCGGGGCGCUUAGCCGCCUCCAUGUCCAUCCCUGCCUCAUUUGCCUCUAGCAGCGCAGACUCUCCAGUAGCUUACUUUCAUCCCGAGAGGAGGUCUGAGGCAGGUGGCGUCCCGCACUCUGUUGCACAGACAGAUGGGAGCGUCAGGUAGCUGGUCUGUAGCCUUCACUCACCCUCCGUUGGCCCAUAUUCCUUCUCUGACUUCUGAAACUGGACCGAAGAUAAAAGGGACUUGGGAUCCUCUGCUGGCUUGGGAUGGGGACAGCAUUUCUUUGAAAGUCGUCAAAUGUGUUGCAUUGUAGUAUCCAAAAGUGUUAUUUCUUCUGAGAUUGUCUCUUGGAAAUGCCUUGACUGAACAUUUAGUAUUUAUUUGUGUCUCUUCCUGAUUUCUGACCAUACCUGGCAGGCGUGUCCGUGCCCCCACAUCCUCCCCGGUAGAGUGUGUGUGUUUGCUGGGCGGGCCAAGGACCCCCCCUCCCUACAUCUCCGACCCCACCCGUUAGCAUCGCUUCUUUCUUCGGAGAGCCAGGUCAUGGAGAAUCAAAUGCUUGUUUGACCGAGGAGGGGAGUAAAGCCCUCCUUCGGGCUGGGACCACAGAGCUCGUAGCUGGAUCGUCUCGGUGAACAGUCAUUGAAUGCAAAGGGCCAGAGAAUCCCUAGCUUUUCCCUAGAUGACUUUCCUGGUAUGGCAGAUGGCCCAGAGAAGGGGAAGGUGCCAUGGGACACUCCAUCUGUAACGGCCACCCCCUGCCAGUCGCUCCUGGCUUCCUCCACAGAUGAGGUUCUGUCCCCUCCACAGCUCAGCUACUUCCUAGGUGGGUCUGGCGCUGCGAUUUUUGGAAGUGACUUCAGGCUGUGCCAAAUAUCUUUUGAGCUUGUGACAUGUGCCCAUGUGCAGAUGGCGUAACUGUUCUUCAGGAUUCUCGCUUUGACCUCAUCUGUGUGUAAAGCAGGAUAGAAAUGUGUGCCCAGGGGUGUCUGCUGAUACGGGACCGUGCUUGUGGACGUUGGCACCUCAGAACUCUGGCCCGUGCCCACAAUUGCUACAGCUAGAAAAUGUUACAGGAACUUCUACCUACAGUAAAAGCAGUCACCUUUGAAAAAGGUCACAGAUAUCCUGUCAUCUUUCAGGAAAAAAAAUAAAAUAAUAAGAUUUGAAUGUGUCAAGGAAAAGCUGCUCUGACCAGAAUAGGACAGAGGACUUUGGAAGAGGCGCUCUUUGGCCAAUUCAAAAAAGUAAAAUUUGACUCAAAGGAGGGAAAGCAGCUUCAUUUCGGGCCGGGGCCAUUUCCCUGGCGGUCGGCCCAUGCUUCCAAGCCUGCUCGAAGGGGUGAAGCCAGGUGGACCAGAAGGCAGAGGAGAGCAAGCCCGUCCGAAACGACCAUUUCUCUUCUCAGAGUCCCACAGUGGAUCCUGCGGAGAGACCGCUGAGCGCCGCGCUCAGCAGAGAAACCAAGAGCAGUGACAUUACCGCUGUCCUGCGGGGCUGGCUUUCGUGAGGAUCCCUCCUCGUGGCAACCUCAUGACAGUUGCUCCGGUACUCCUGAAGCUGAGGACAAUUCAUUUCUUGAGGUUUCUGGAAAAGUUUCCCCCCCCCCCGCCCUUUAUGAACCGAGUCAGUAUUUUUUCCUGAAAGCCUCCUCCCCCUCCUGGGAGAGUCCGGCUGAUGACUUCGGAGAGAGGUCUGGCCAUCGGUUUGGGGGUGUCACAUGGCCAGUGACCCACAUUCUCUCCAGCUGCCCAGGGCUGCCGGGUGGGGAGUGUCUUCCUUCUUCGUUCUGUGCCCAGGCGCAGCUCUCGAAGCAGCCUGGCUUCUCCCAGGAGACGCCAUCAUCGCGCGCUUCUGUCUUUCCCUCAGAACCUGUUUUCUUCUUGGCCGUGCGGCGUGGCCCAACCUCCUCUAGAGCGACUUCGUUUCUGCAGUCUUAACUGGCCUCAGGGGUGUCAGCGAGGUGUAGGGGAGGAAGGGACAGAGAUGCUGGGGGGGGGGGUCGGGCCAAGAGGACACCCACACCCUCCAGCAUGGCCUUUGACCCAGAGGUUAGGGACCAUGCCUGUCACUUGUGGGUGCCGUUUGUUACUGUUUGUGUAUUUGAAUAAAGUCUGAAAUGCUGUGACCUUUUUUUUUUUUUUUUUUUUAAAAAAAACAUGAAA